AUGAGAGGACCAACGAUCCUCAAAGCUGAGGAUGAUAAGACGCGACAGCUGAGUCAACAUACCCUGAUGGCAUAUUCUGGAGAGGCAGGAGACACAGUGCAAUUCGCCGAAUACAUCCAAGCCAACAUUGCUCUAUACACAAUGCGGAACGACACCGAACUGCGUCCUAAGGCCGUUGCCAACUUUGUUCGAGGAGAAUUGGCCCGGAGUCUGAGAUCACGGAAUCCUUACACAGUCAACCUUCUGCUGGGAGGGGUUGACACCAUAACCCAAGAGCCUCACUUGUAUUGGAUUGACUACCUUUCUGCCCUCGCUCCAGUACCUUAUGCCGCACAUGGCUAUGCCCAGUACUACUGCUUAUCCAUUCUCGACAAACACCACCACCCUGAUAUCUCUCUCGAGCAGGGCAUGAAACUUUUACAGCUCUGCACGGACGAGCUCAAGCGUAGACUACCAAUCGACUACAAGGGGGUACUUGUAAAGGUCGUCACGAAGGAUGGUGUUGAGGAAGUACAGGUCGAUAAUGACAGAAUAGUCAAGUGCGCUUAG